AUGUCUGAUAUUGCUCCCAACAACCCUACCAUCGACGACGCGUUCAAUGCUGUUGUCGUUGACGGAACUGUUCAAGCCAAUGUCGCCCCUGUUAUCGAAAAUCCUAAUGUCAUGAACAAAAACCCUGUCUUUCCCAUUGUUGUUAACCAUUACGACAAUCCUCUCGCCAUGACCGGAAUGAACAUUGGUACCCGCAAGGCUCUUGUGUUGGAAGGGUUUGGCUCUAUGUCCUCUUUGAUCCGCUUGACCACUAAGGACCUUGACUCCCUUGUCAAUAUUAUGAACAAGCAACACCAUGGUAAAUCCUUCAAGAGCACUUAUCCCCCUGGAACGGCUGAUAACAAGAAGGAGAUCCAUAUUGGCUUUAACUCUAAGUCAACUCUUUUGGUUAUCAUCCACUGGGCUGAAUGCUUGAAGUGUCUUGGAAACGAGGUUUGUGCUGAGGACAACAUAAGUGAAGUUGAUCAGCUUGCCUGCAACCGCAUGGAAGAGGAAAAGGAAAUCCCCGAGGUGGCCAAGACCCAGACACCGGUCAAGUCUACUCCCCUCAAGGGUAUGACAAAAUGGCGUUCUUUCUUCGAAAAUUUGAACCAGUACAUGAGUUUCUGCCGUGGUCCCUUGCUGACUCCUCUUCUGUAUGAGCCUGAGACCGCCCCCCUUGAAGAUUACAACAAUAUGGAUGCUUUUUUGGUCGCCCAGACAAUCUUAUCAGGCCCAAAAUUUGUGAUUGACAACAAGCAAGUUUUUGACAAAUUCAAAGAGGCAAUUACCACAACUGGCCCAGGAUGGGCUUUUAUCAAGGAGUUCAACAAGGGCAAGAACGGUUGCGCUGCUAUUUUGAAGUUGAAGGCACAGACAGAAGGAACCCUCAUGUUACGGUAUACACCAUCGCGACAUGAUGGCGAUGGAACCGUUGGAUUUGUGUCGGCCUUAUUGUACGACACGAUGUAUUCGCGGGAUGACUAUGGGAAUCCUUUGGAAGAGGAUACAGGAAAGGAUUAUACAAAUGAAUGA